AUGCUUUCCAACUCCUCCUUUAGGACGCAGGUAACUUCCGGAAUGCAAAAAUGGCAGCGUUUGGCGAAUGUAGCGCCGAAGGAAAUUGGUAGCAGUUUCUAUGACGUGGCUCUUCUGCUCUGCAAUCACCACACUUCUGGUGAAUUCCCAAUGUGGUUUUUUCAAGGGCUUUCAAGUGACCAACUCAGUCACUUGAAAAGCUGA